GAGUGAAAAUACGAUUUCGUUGAAUAUUGCCCUUGACUUUUUGAGAUCUAAAGCGUAUACAGCCAUGAGUACAAAUGAUGAAGAAAAACUCGUUUCAGACGAAGAAAUGGAAAAUGAUAACGAUCUUGAUAUCUCAGAAGAUUUAGAAAAAAUCAAUACUUUGUUAGAUAAACUAAUGAAACAACCAUUUCAUUAUGAUUCACAUAUUGAAUAUAUUAAUUUAUUUAAAAAACAUAAAAUGAGAGACGAAUUAAAAAGUGCACGUGAAGCAAUGCAACUUUACUUUCCAUUAACUGAAGAAAUGUGGAUAGAAUGGUUAGACGACGAGGAAAAAUCAGUAUCAACUCUUGAUGAUAAAAUUUCUCUAUUAGAACUUUACGCUAAAUCAGUCGAAGAUUAUCUUUCUAUCAAUUUAUGGAAAAAAUAUAUAAUUUAUAUUAAAGAAAAUAUAGAAAUCGCAUCUAAAGAUGGAGAUUCCGAAUUCAAGGAAAUAUUUAAUUACAAUUUUUUCGAAAACAUAUGUCUUCAAGCAUACUCAGCUACCAAAUAUCAUAUUUCAAAAAGUCAUGAAAUAUGGUCUAUUUAUAAAGAUUAUAAAACUGCUUUAUUAGAGGAAAAUCCAAGUUUUGAAAAUAUUCAACAUAUGAAACAAAUUUAUAUAGAGAGACUAAGCAUCCCUCAUUUAGGAAUGGAAAAUUGUUUUUCGGAUUUUUCUAGUUUCAUAACUAAUUAUGAUAAUCCCAAUUAUGAAGAAAUCAUGAUUGCUACAAACAAAAUAUAUAAUCCUGCAUUAAUAAAAUACCAAGCAAGAGAUUUUCAUGAAAUCCAGCUUUCACAAUCCAAUUACGCUUACGAAGAGUUUAUUAAAUAUCUAGAAUGGGAAUUACAUCAAAAACCUCAAGAAAUAGAACUAAUAUGUAUAUUAUUUGAGCGAUUACUUAAAUGUUAUCCAUUAUCUGCUAACAUUUGGGAAGAUUACAUUCAAUUUAUGGUUGAAAAAUCAACCUAUACUAAAAUAAAUGAGAAAUUCUUUCAAAGGUCCAUUAAAAACUAUCCAUGGAGUGGAAUUCCUUGGAAAUACUAUAUAUAUAUCCUUGAACAUAAUAAUUAUCCUUUACAAGAACUAUGUGCAAUUAAAGAUCGUUCAAUAAGUUCAGGAACACUUUUUCAUGAUAUAAAUGAAUUUGUAAAAGUUAUGGAAGCUUGGUGUGGAUACUGUAAACGUAGAAUUACACAGUGGAAUAAUAAUAAUGAAGAAGUACAAUAUGCUAUAACAGAACUCCAAACAUCAAUUAAAUUACUUAAAAACAUAUUUAAAACAACAGACAACCAAAAAAGACUCGAAAAAAUACUAAUUUCUAUAUUUACAAAAAUAGGAAAUAUAGAUGAAGCACGUAAAAUUUGGAAAAAUAUAUUAAAGAUCCAUACGACAGAAACGAAAUAUUGGUUACAGUAUUUUAUAUGGGAAAGACAUUAUGGAGAAAUAAAUAACGCAAUAAAUAUAUUAAAAAAUGCCAGUUUAAAACAUUUAGAUUUUCCUGAAUUAGUUUUUGAAAUAUAUAGAGAUUUUGUUAUAGAAGAAGGGACAUUAGAAUUACUAGAAAAAGCAGAAACCAUCAUACAUAAAGGAAUAAAAAAUAUACAACGAAUAAAGAAAAAAGAAUUAAUAAACAUUCAAAUUGAGAAGAAUCAACCACUUCAAGAAUUAGAAAUGAAUCUUGAAGAAAUUUCAAAUCAUAAAAAAAGUAAAAAUAAAAAUGAAGACAAAAUCAAACGAAAUAGAGAAAAUACUACUGUUAGAGUAACUGGACUACCAAAGUCAAUAUCUGUAGAACAAUUACAUAACUUUUUUUAUGGAUGUGGUGAAAUUAUAAAUACAAAAAUUAUAGAGGAAAUAUCCGAUAACUCUUCAACAGCUUUCGUAGAAUUUGCUAAUUUGGAAGAUACAAAAAGUGCAUUAACCAAAAAUUACAAAAAAUUAGAUCAAAAUGAAAUAUUAGUUGAAUUAGCUACGGAAACAACUUUGUGGGUAACGAAUUUUCCACCAUCAGCAGACGAAAAAUUUAUUCAUAACCUUUUUGAAAAAUAUGGUGAUGUAAUUGAAGUUCGUUUCCCAAGUUUGCGUUAUAAUUCACGUAGAAGAUUUUGUUAUGUUCAAAUGAAAUAUCCGGAGCAAGCACUAGCAUCUCUUUCUUUACAUGGCCAAAUGUUUGAAAAAAAAUAUAAACUUAUAGUUAAUAUAUCAGAUUCAUCAAAAAAAGAAGACAGAAAAGAAGCAUCUUCAGAAGGGAGAGAAAUUAUUAUUUCUAAUAUCUCUCAUGAAUCGACUGAAAAUGACUUAAUAGAUUUAUUUUCAAAAUAUGGAACUUUAGAAAGUGUACGUCUUAUUAAUGACAGAAAUUCCAAACAUCAUAAAGGUUUUUGCUAUAUAAUUUAUUCUACAGCAGAACAGGCGUUAUCUGCAUUAGAUGCAGACAAACAAGAAUUGCACUCAAACACAAUAUCUGUAAAAAUUGUAAAAGCAAAAAACAAAAAUACAAUUGAAAAAAAAGAAAACAACACGAAUAUAUUUUCCUCAGAAGAUUUAAACCCUGAAAAAAAAAAUAGUCAUGGCUUACGUUUUCAUGAUAUCAAAAAUAGAUCUCUCGGUAUUUUAUAUCUUCCAGAUACAGUUAAUCAGACAAGAAUCGAAGACGUAUUUAAGGCUUAUGGAGAUAUUGACAAAAUUGAACUAAGACCUGAUCAUCAAGGCGCCAUUGUUCAAUAUAAAAACACAUCGGAUGCAGGAAAAGCAGCUAUGGCAUUAGAUGGAUACGCUUUUUCAGAUAAAAAAAUACGUAUCGUUACUGUUGAAACAUUGUUACAACAUAAACCCAAAAAAAAACCAUUGCUAGAUCAAAGUCUGAUUGUUCCAAAAAUAAAUGAUCCAAGAGCAAGACGAGAAAGACUUUUUAUAAAUGAAAAAAACACAAUAUUGUCUAGAAAACGACUUAAAAUAUCUAACGACAACGACUCAAUGCAAACAAAACAAAUACAUACAAAACAUGCAUCUCUUAAUAAUGCUGACUUUAGAGAUAUAUUUUUUCAUAAAUCAUAAAAUCCAAUUUUUUGUACUUACGAUCUGAUAAUCAUCACGUAAUAACUUAUAAAUCGGCAUGUUUU